AUGAGCCUUUUUAGGCGAGCAUUUGAUCCGGAAAGACCAGUUCAUACGGCGCAAGAUUCACUGUUCAGCGGUAGUUCCGGAUGGAAGGAUUUCCGCGGGUUUUUCAAUCUAGCAAUCCUUCUGCUGUUUGUUUCAAACGGUCGCGUUGCUCUUGAAAAUCUUAUAAAGUAA